AUCGUCCAGAAAGCGCGCGAGAACGCGAAGCUCAUGGCUCGACGGCAAUGGCGACCGCCGCUAGGGUUUCGCCCUUGACCACCGUCUUCCCCUCCGUUCUUCGGACUAGGGUUAGGGUUAGGGCUUCAAGGGUGAUGGCAAGUGCUGGCUGCGUGCCGGCUGUGAUUGUUGGGGGUGGGAGGGUUGGGAGGAUGCUUCAAAGCUUGGGUGAUGGCCGGGACGUUCUCGUCGGACGGGGUGGCACGGUUCCGGCGGAGUUUGAGGGCCCGAUUUUGGUUUGCACCCGGAAUGAUGAUCUUGACGCUGUUCUCCAAGUCACUCCGCCGUCUCGAUGGGACGAUUUGGUUUUCUUCCAGAAUGGGAUGCUUGAGCCAUGGUUUCAAAGUAAAGGCCUUAAUGAAGCUGAUCAAGUUUUGGCAUAUUUUGCUGUGUCAAAACUCGGGGAAGCUCCGGUGGAUGGAAAGACUGAUACUAAUCCAGAGGGGCUGACGGCAGCCUAUGGCAAAUGGGCAUCUGCAGUUGCCUCCCGGCUACAAAAUGGUGGCCUUUCUUGCAAGGUUCUUGAGAAGGAUGCUUUUCAGAAACAAAUGUUGGAGAAGCUUAUAUGGAUUGCAGCAUUUAUGCUUGUUGGAGCUCGUCAUCCAGGAGCAAGUGUAGGCACUGUUGAGAAAGAAUAUCGGUCUGAGGUUGCCAGUCUCAUCGCUGAACUUGCUGCUGCGGCAGCUGCAGAAAAGGGUCUAACAUUUGACGAAGGAAUGGAAGAUCGGUUGUGUGCAUAUUCUCGAGCUGUUGCACACUUCCCAACUGCAGUAAAAGAGUUCAAGUGGCGAAAUGGCUGGUUCUAUUCACUAACAGAAAAGGCCCUCGCCGAAGGGAAGCCAGAUCCAUGCCCACUACAUUCAGCUUGGCUGAAAGAGCUGAAGAUCAUCUGAUCUUAGAAUUUGUUGUAUUUCAACUCCCUGUUUUUCAUGGAGCCUAGAAUAUAAAUUUCAUGAAAUAUUCACAUCAAGUUUUGUUGAAUUUUACAAAAUCAUCAACCAGAUUAUUAUCAGCUUCCAUGCUCAUUGCUGCAUUGUAUGCAACUCAGAUGAUUAUUAUGAGAGAAUGCGAAAUUUUUAAAUAUAUAUCAA